AACGAUCUCCCCUCUUCGUCUCCCUCACCUUCGAGCGAGAUUUCGAUCUUGGAGCAGUUCUUUCCGACGAAGAGAGCAAAAGAACCAAGAUACAUAGCAUAUGCUUGGCUUGUUGAUAUGAUAGAAUGGCAAAUUCACAAAAAGGAGCCACUUCAACUACUUGUGACCAAAAGAAAAGCCCAUUAGAUGAAGAUUUUGGAAAUGAUUUCCUUAGCUCCUGGCCAUCAGCAAAAAUGGGAAAAGAUGCAAUAGAUUUUGAUGUGGAAACAGUUCCUCUGAUCGGAAAAAAAUCCUUUAACUUUGACAAACUGGAUGACUUUGAGCUUGGCAGUGACUUUGACAAACUAUCAUCAUUCAAAAUGGAUAUGUCUGAUCUGGACUUCUCUAGCCCAGUAAACAAGACUGCAAAGACCACUGAAAAAUCUUCCAAAGAACUUCUUCUGGGAAAGCAGGAAUCAACAAAGGACAAAUUCUCCUUUUCUUUUGAUUUUAAUGAGUUGGAUAAGUUUGAUCUUGACUCGAAGCUGGUGAAAGGAGAAAAGAAGCUUAGUAAAUGCAUGGAUGAUAUUAAACCUGACUGUUCUAUAAAGCUUGACAAGGGCAUAGAUUCCAGAUGUAAUUCAAUCAUGAAUUCCAAUGGCACUAAGAUAAUACCAAAUAAAAAAAAUAUGGCCACUUCAAGACCUACUCAUUUUACAGAGCCUGGCAUAUUAGAUAAUGCUAAGCCUUCCAUCUCAAAUCUAUUGCAUUAUGAUGUGCGUCCUGAAGCACAGACAUCUACCGAGAAGCAAACUGUUAUUAGAGAAAAUGAAAAUGAAACUCAUAUUAUUCAGCAGCACAUAGAACAAUCAGAUGGAAAAUGGCCCAUAAAACCAAAUGCUGAAAAAGCUCCCCAAGAUUUUGCUCUCCUCUCUGUAUCUGGUGAUGGUUCAACACAUGCAAAAGUUCAUCAAACUCAAGCAGAACUUGUUACUUCGGUUUCUGCAAAAGAAAAUAUAGCCAGAGAACAAGAAAGUAGUAUGAAAUCAGUAGAUAGUUCACAAUCCAGGAAUUCUAGCCCUGCAAACUCAUAUAACUCAAGAUGCUGGAUGCCAAAGAGUAAAGCAGAAUCACUAGAUACUAGUCACAAGUUCCAGAAACAUGAAGGGAACCAAAGUGAGGUUUCUGGAGCAAGCACAUCUUGUAGUGAAUCAAAUCAAGAUCAAAAGAAUGUUGAAAAUCCUUCUGUCUCACAGAAACAUGCUCCUGCAAUCAAGAACACUGGAAAGAAGCAGGACCAAAGGUCAAAUUUUCUUCCAUCACCAUCAAAUAGGGUUUCCAGAUUAGUUCAGUCCAUGUCAACAAAAGAGAAAGGAGCAUCUGCUUUACAAUUAAGAUCUAUGAACACUACAGAAGGCAGUCUAUCUCAACGAACGACAGCAUCAACACCAAAGCAUCUUCAUGGUUUGCAGAACAAGAAAAUGGAAAUUAUGCAUUUGUAUCCUACAAGUUUAAAAAGAGAAUCCAAGCCAAAUGAUGAACUAGCUCAGAAUCUGGAGGGUGGCAUUUUGAAGUCUGAUGAUAUAUCUUUAAAAACAAGUGUGCCAUUUCUUUUGGAAAGCAAAAGAAGUAAUAAAGACAACGAUACUUCUGAUUUCCAACUUCAUCCUUCCAACCUGCACAAACAGUCUACUGCAAGUAACAAUGCAAAGAGUAUCACUUCUAAUCUUGUUUCAGGCUAUGCACCUUUGAAAGGCUUCAAGAACAUUUCCUUUGAAGGGCAAGAUAUCACUCCAAAAGAUGAUAAAAAAUGUGAUAUAUCUGGCUCGAUGACUUCAAGGAUAACAAAAGUAAACAGCAGAAUUCCAAAUUCCACGAUGCAGAAAGAAAUAAAAUCAGUAAGGUUUUUAGGGGGAAACUUAACCCCCAAGGUGGCCAACACUGUUAUCACAGAGAAACAUGCACUGUUAAGCCCAUCUUUAAAGCGCAAGACACUUGAGGAAGCAAGAGCAGAUGCAGAGACCUUAAAGCCAUUAAAACGUAUUAUGGACUCUUCUACUGAAAGAAGGAAACCAUCAGACGCAUCCCCCAAACUUGAUAGUGAGGUGGCUCCAGAAACUCAAAAGCUGGAAGCUCCUCACAGCAGUGUGUCUGUUGAUAAUCGAACUUCUCCGAAUGGUGCUCCUAAGGCGGGAAGCAUGAUGGAUUUUGAAGUGCAUGUACUGAUAGAAAGUGAUGGAAAUGUGGAAAAAGCUGAAUCCUGUGCAAAGGAGCUUGAUGGUAUCUGCAACAUGCUCAAAAAGAAGCAUGAGGAAGCCAAGGAAUUACUAGUUCUUGCAAUUGUAAACAACAAUGCACUGCUGAUGCUGAACCAUCCCAAAUUUGAGGAGAAGAUAUCCUUCCAUAUCUAAAACCUAUUUCCUUUUUUUCUUUUCUUUUCUUCUUUUUUUUUUCUUUUUAACCAGAUAUUAACCUUGUUUACCUUCACUAUCGGUACAUCCGUGCCCUUCAGAGGUUCGCUAAGAGCCUGCAGUCUAAGGAGUACUGAAAAAAAGGUGAUAUCCUAUUACCACCUAUAUGAACCAGCAGCUGAUCUGCUGUAAGCUCUUUGUACCAUUCAUGCUAGUACUUGAGCUUUGAAACAAAAAUUAUGAUGGUGAAUUGCUGAGUGGAAGGGUGUUUCUACAGCUUAAUUUUCUGUGAUCAUGUGAAUGGAACAGUUGAUUGAAACUCGAUUCAUGCGAUGAAUGAAUCUUUUUCCUACA